AUGGGAUGUGGUUCCUCACAUAAUUUAGACUAAGUAAAAUUAGUAAAAAAGAAGGCCUAAUUAACUAAUUUUUUAUAAGAUUCAAAACGAAACAUUCGUUAAGUUUACAAGUUUAUAUCUGUAUUAGGAAAAGGUGGUUUCGGAACUGUAAAACUAGCAUAAAUGAGAAAUAAUUCCAAAUAAAAGAUUGCCAUAAAAAUAAUAUAAAGAUCCCGUUUAAGAAGUAAUGAAAUAAGUUUUUUGAGAGAAUUAGAAAUUCUUCGUUCUUUGGAUCAUCCAUAUAUAAUAAAAUUCCACGAAGUUUAUGUGGAUGAGAUGUUUUUUUACAUUUGCAUGGAAUAUUGUGAAGGUGGUGAACUUUUAGAAAGAAUUACUCAAAAAAAAUUUUUUAAAGAAUCUGAAGUAGCUUAAAUAAUGGAAAAGUUGCUUUAUGCAGUUAAUUAUAUGCAUAAUAGGGGAAUUUUACAUAGAGAUUUGAAACUUUAAAAUAUUCUUUUUGCCUCAAAAUCAGACAAUUCUGAUAUAAAAAUUAUCGAUUUUGGUCUUUCGAGUAAAUGUGAUGAGAAAGACCUAAAUAUUGUAGUAGGAACUCCUUUGUAUGUUUCUCCGAAUAUUAUAUAAGGGAAAUACGAUCGAUAAUGUGAUAAUUGGAGUUUGGGGGUUAUUUUAUAUAUUUUGUUAGUUGGAUAUCCUCCUUUCAAUGGAGAUAAUAAAAAUGAAAUUUUUUAAAAAAUUUAAUAAGUAGAUUAUUCUUUAAAAGGAUAAGAAUGGGAUAAUAUUACUGAAACAGCUAAAGAUUUAGUGAAAAAAUUUCUUGUAAUUGAUAGUAAGAAAAUAAUAUCAAUAAGAGAGACUUUAUAACAUCCUUGGAUUUUAUAAUAUUCAAGAAGAAUAUAGAGAGAAUCUACUAGUUUAAUAAAAAAUGGAUAAAAAAAAUCAAUUGGAAAUAUAUAUUAAUAAAUAGAUCCGAAAAUAAUUAAUAUGUUAAAAAAUUACAAACCUUAAAGUAAAUUAAAAACUGAAUUAAUGAAAGUUUUAGUUAAUUAAUUAGACGAAAAAGAAAUAGAAUCUUUAAACAAUGCAUUCAGUUUAUUGGAUUUUAAUUAUUCCGGGAUUAUUGAAAUUUCAGAUUUGUAAUAAGUAAUGUAAGAGGCUGGAUGUAAAUAUACUAAGAGUGAAUUAUAAAAAAUAAUUAAGAAUAUCUCACAGAAUUCAAGUUCUAACUAUAUUAUUUAAUAUAGUGAGUUUAUUGCAGCUGCUUUGGACUAAAUUGUUGAUUUGUAAACGGAAAAAAUAUAAUAAUUUUUUAAGUAUUUUGAUAGAAAUAAUAAUAAUGAAAUUUCGGUUUAAGAUUUAAAAGAAGUAUUUACUAGAAAUGGAAGGACUAUUUCAGAUAAUAAUAUUGCUGUUAUGCUUAAAGAAUUUAUUCCAUAAGGAAAUGGAAAAAUUACAUUCAAGAUUUUUAAUAAAAUUAUUAUUGGAUAAAAUAUGUAUUAUAAAACGUGAAUAUUUUUA